GCCCGCUGCCGGCAAGUGCAUUGACCGCAAAGUCAUUUUGUUGGUAGUAACACAAUAAAGUACACGAACGCAUUGUUGCCCAGCGUAACACCUGCCACUGCCUGCCACUGCAACGCGACGCACGUGAAAAAUCUUUCGCGGCAUCUGAGUGCCGCAGCUUAAUUGCUGCGCUCAUACACGCAUGUGUCGUUAAAGUGGUUGCAACAGCAACUGGGAUUACAGCGCGACAGCAGCAAAUUUACCGUUUUCAAAGGAGCAACAACAUGCUGCAGAAUCCUUCGAAAUAUCAUCCAAAUCCGUUUUCUCACUUGUUGGCCUUGCAUAGCACUCAGGCUGUGGUGAAUAGCAGCAAUAUCGUCACUCAUCAAACGCAUUUGGCUGCCUUGCCGCCGGUUUUCGCAGCACAAAAUCAACUGCAACUGCAACAUCAGCAACAGCAGCAGCAGCAACAACAACACCAGCAACACUACCAUAAUCAUCAUCCAACAACAACAAUUCCGACUAUCAGUCAACAGCACAGCAAUGCAUUUCUGCUACAAAACCAUUCACCACGCCAGCAACAACACAACACCCACGCGCAUACGCGCACCGGCGAGCUGUUGGAUGCGACCAGUACCUCCCUCGACAUGGGCAAGUCCUUCACCAUUGCCGCCAUUUUGGGCUUGCAGAAGAGCGCAAUGGAGAAUAGCCGCAAGGAUUACAACAACGCUAUCAAUUUAUCGCUAAAUAGUAGUGAUGAAGAUGGCGGCAAGGAUGCGAGCUUGGGACGAUCAGCGCAUAGUAGUCAACAAGCGUUUAGUGAUGAGGAAGUGGAAAUUAGCGAUCAACAAUCACACAAUUUACGUAUGCCAAGUGCCGGCGGUGGCGGUGACAGUGGCAUAAAGUCGCUGAAGUGCGUGCGAAAUGCCAAUAAUUUGUAUCAACAAAAUGGCCACCCCUUCGAUUGUAAUGGCAAUGCCAGCGCUGCUUUGAUACAUCGUUACUUACCAAUGCCAGUGUCGUCUAAGCCAACGACGGCGGCUACAUCAUCGUUUGUUGCAGCAGCUGCUGCAGUAACGCAACAUCAUCAUCAACAACAGCAACAACAACAACAACAAAAUCUAUUGCUGUCCCAUGUGCGUUCUGUGGCCUCAGCAGCGGUGGCUGCAUCGGGAUCAUCAUCUGCGUUGCAGAGCUUGCAACAGUUGCAUCAACAUCACGCGGCGCAGCAAAGCUCCUUGAAUUUGCAACGCGAGAAGCAUAAGUCGGAGAGCAACUCGAAAAAAUCAUCGCUGAAAAAUAAACGCGUACGCACCAUCUUCACGCCCGAGCAGCUGGAACGAUUAGAGGCCGAAUUUGAACGACAACAAUAUAUGGUGGGACCGGAGCGAUUAUACUUAGCGCACACGUUGCAAUUAACCGAAGCACAAGUGAAGGUGUGGUUCCAAAAUAGACGCAUUAAAUGGCGCAAACAUCAUCUAGAAAUCACACAACAACGCCUUGCACUGCUACGCCAAAGCCAGUUACCAGGCGCUGUUGAGCCGACGAGCGCUGGCGGCAUUGUAGCGGGCAAUUCCAUAACAGUUAGCAAUAGCAUGCCAACUAUCAAUAAAACAAAUACAAGCAAUGAUGCUCGAACAUCUUCGCCAAUCAGUUGUGGUGCGGAGGAUGUUGAUGAGCUCAGCAAACAGGGCGAAGAAUUUCAUUCACUCAGUCGUGGCAGUCAUUCAAGCUCAGAAUCGGAU